ACCCCACCUGCUAUAAAACCACAGUCUCAUUUUCUCACCAUUUUACAUUUCGUCCCGAAUUUCACGUUUCAUCAGUUGGUCACUCUCACUUCUUUCAUCACUCUCGCUUUCUCCGGCAGCGCGUGGCUCUCAACCGUCGCCGUUUCUCCGACUUUUCUUCAGCCGAUCUUCGCAGAAACACCGGGUGUACAAGAAUGAGUUCCAGAAGAGGUGGUAGGCCCUUUACUGCGGCUGGCAAUGAUGAUUUUCAGUCCAAGGGAAAAGGUGUAUCUCAAUUUGAUCCCAAAACUGAGCAGCUGGCUCAAGGUAUUGCUGAUGUUAACUUAGGCUCUGGACAGGAUGAUGGGCCAUGGGAGACUUAUUCAAAGAAAUCGAAAAACAGAGGUGGUGGAAGCGGUGCUGCCAAACAGCGGGGUCCUCCAGCUCAUGGUUCUAAUCCUAGAGCGUGGGGGAAUGCAGAUGUGGCUCAAAAGCAGGGCGUGUGGAAUAACAGUGGAGCUGGAAGAGCUGCUGGAAACCCCUGGCAGACACCAAAUGCUGGUUAUAUGAGACCCGCUGGUAGAGGCAAUGGAAGGCCCCAGCCAGCCACUGGUGGAUAUGGAUACAAUGUGACUUCUAAUCCCAUCAUUCCUCCUCCUCUACAGGGUGGCUGGAACUGGAAAUCAACUCAUGCAAGGAAUGAAAUUGUACCAGAGGAGUUUGAACAGAAGAAUGAUGGAGAAGAAGAUGAUGAUGAUGAGGAGGAGGAGGAGGACGACUGUGAUGAUCUGGAAGAUACUGAUGAUGAUCUAAUGAGUGAUGAAUAUGAUUCGGAUGCGAGUCAAAAGAGCCAUGAGACACGGAAGAAGAGCAAAUGGUUCAAAAAGUUCUUUCAGAAUUUGGAUAACCUGACUAUUGAUCAGAUAAAUGAACCAGAGAGACAGUGGCACUGUCCAGCUUGUCAAGGUGGUCCUGGUGCUAUUGAUUGGUACAGAGGUCUGCAGCCCCUGAUGAAUCAUGCUAAGACAAAGGGUUCAAAAAGGGUGAAGGUUCACAGGGAGCUUGCUGUACUUCUUGAUGAGGAAUUGCGUAGAAGGGGCACUACAGUAGUCCCAGCUGGGGAAGCAUUUGGUAAAUGGAAAGGUUUAAAAGAAGAAGAGAAAGAUCAUGAGAUAGUUUGGCCUCCGAUGGUUAUGAUACAGAACACGCAGCUUGAACAGGAUGAAAAUGAUAAGUGGACAGGUAUGGGCAACCAAGAGCUUCUUGACUAUUUUAGCUCUUAUGCGGCAGUGAGAGCACGGCAUUCAUAUGGCCCUCAAGGUCAUCGAGGGAUGAGUGUUUUGAUGUUUGAAGCCUCAGCUAGUGGUUUUCUGGAGGCAGAACGUCUGGACAAGCAUUUUGCUGAGCAAGGAACUAAUAGAGAAGCUUGGUUUAGCAAUCGCCGAAGAUACAAUUUGUUUCUCCCUGGUGGCAAUCGACAGCUCUUUGGAUACAUGGCAACUAAAGAAGACCUGGAGGCUUUCAACAGGCAUUGCCAAGGUAAAACAAGACUCAAGUAUGAAUUGAGGUCCUACCAGGAAAUGGUUGUGCACCAAAUUCGACAAAUGAAUGAGGACAACCAGCAACUUCUUUAUUUGAAGAACAAGAUGGUCAAAGAGAAGAAACAUUCAAAAGCUCUUGAGGAAUCCUUUGGCAUAGUGACCGAGAAACUGAGAAAGACCAUGGAGGAAAAUCGCAUUGUGAGGCGGAGAACAAAAAUGCAGCAUGAAGAAAUAAAAGAAGAGAUGUAUGAACAAGAACAAUUCUUCAAGGAACGGAUCAGUAGCAUCCACGAUAAAAGAAAUGCAAAGGAAGAGGAUUUCGAGAGGAUGCAGCAGGAAGAGCGUGAGAAGGUGAAGAAGACAACUACUGGUCCUGCAAAUGCAGAGGAGGAACGGCGACUCAAGGUGGAGGGAUACCUUAAAUUUGUCGAACUCCAAGACAAAGAAAUGGAGAGCUUUGUCGAUGAAAAGGAGAAGCUCAGCCAAGCUCAUGAAGAGAGCAUUGCUGCUAUGAAGAAGAGGCACUGGGAGGAAGAGGUGGAGAUGGAGAAGAAGUUUGAUGAGGACUUGGCCAAACUCAUGGAAAAGUACUCCCCAUCUCACCAGUAGAAAAAGGCCAAUGGUCUCUUUCAGUGGGGGGUAUUGCACAGGUGCAUGUUUAUAAACACAGGCAGGAAAAUAGAAAGACAAAUUGAAUACCGCUGAAACAUUAGGUUUUUUGAAAUUGAGAAUUUGGAACUCAGGAUGUUUAACAUUAAGUAUUGCUCCUUGACACUCACUUGCGGUAUUGCAAGAUUUUAAUUUGAUUGACCUAUUUUUACAAAUUGCGAGUUGCACACCCUUCUGUAUGGGGUGCAAUUGGAUUAUUAGAUAUUUCUCAGCAGCUGAUUUUACAGUAAAUGUCUGCAAGUAUAUUAUUUCUCAACUGCUAAUUACUAUCAAUAUCUUUGAAAGUGA